AUUCUCCCUCGAAACCCACUCCGCUGAUCCAUCCGCUCCCAACCGCCAAAAAACACACACACACACACACAGUCACACACUGAAAACACACUCCAUCAGCCAUGGAUAUCGGAAUAGUGGAUCACGACAGCCACGACUUCUACGACAUCUACUUCUACUCCGACCGCAUCAACACAAUGGUCACCCACGACCCUUCCCAAGUCUCACGCUGGCUCUCCCACACCCAGAGAAUCCACCGCCAUCGUCUGAACAACCUCAUCGUCGGCCUCGACGUUGAGUGGCGUCCCAGCUUCAGCAAGUACCACAGGAACCCAGUCGCCACUCUCCAGCUCUGCGUGGGCCGCCGUUGCAUCGUCUUCCAAAUCCUCCGCUGUUCCCGCGAGUACAACGAGGACGAGUUCAUUCCCGAGGAUCUCCGAGAUUUUCUCGCCAAGGAGGACUACACUUUCGUCGGAGUUGGGAUCCAGAACGAUGUUCAGAAGCUGGAGGGGGAUUAUGGGCUGGAAGUUAGUGGGAGGAUUGUGGACUUGCGUCGGUUGGCUGCUGGUGAGUAUGAUAGGAAGGAACUGAGAAAUGCU